AUGCCGCCUAUCGCAUUAAUCAGAUGUUUUCCCUAUUUAGCAGUUUGUUUAUGUUCUCACAAAGGCAUCAGCUCAGAAAUGAGAGCUCCGCUGAAGCUGCGAACUGUAAUGCUAGCGAUUCGGUCAACGAGAGAGAUAUUGAAGCAUCAUCAUAAUCAAGUGGAGAAAAGUGGCGAUCUUUACUAUCUCCCUGAGGCUCAUUAUUUGACAAACGAGAUACGAAAUCUUGAAAUUAUCACCAGUGGCUACCAUAAAACCAUCGAACAACUGAAGCGAGCAUGUAUUAGAAAGCGUAUAACCUUAGCGAAAGCGACUGAGGAGCUCUUUAUUAAGGCAAACCACGAAUUGAAUAAUAGCCUUUCUUAUCUGGACAAUGUGUGCAGUUCAGCGGUCUGUGCUUUGGAGUCGAGAAGUAGUAUACCGGUGGUUCACAAACAUCGGCCAGUGCGCAGCCUUCGCAGCCCUUCUGGACUAGUGAAAUGUGAUACAAAAGCAGUAGAUGGAGAAUAUUCGAAGGAAAUUAGUCAUCUCGAAGACCAACUUGAUAUCUAA